AUGUUGGUAGUCAAGGCAUUUCCUUUCACAGUACUCCUCCUUGCCUGGAGCGCGGCCACCAUUCCAUCUCCGGGAACGACCACUAUUACCCGCACACGGGCAAUGCAAGACGUUACGACAUCGACAGUCAUCGCAAUGCGCACCUCAGAAGUCUUCGUCAUCGUACCGAAGACAGUGGACUCGGUCGUGACUACCACAUCGGUGGACGCCGUCUUCAGCACGACAACAACGACCGUCCCCUCGAGUUGA